AUGAGUCAAUGCACGAAAGCCAACAUAUGUCGUGCUCAGAUGAUAUCACAAAUUUCACUAAAAUUUUCCCAGCUCCCGCUAUAUCUGUAUCUAAUUGUUAUCAAUUUCGUGAGUCUUCUCGUUCAAUUUGCAGGUUGUCAGGCGAUUCAGGCUAGUUGCACAGCACUUUCUGACUGUUGUGGAAGUGCUGCUGGAUCGAUAACAUGCCAAUCUAGUCAAUGCUGUGCACCACUAACUAAAUCUUGUACAACACUUUCUGACUGUUGUGGAAGUGCUGCUGGAUCGAUAACAUGCCAAUCUAGUCAAUGCUGUGCACCACUAACUAAAUCUUGCACAACACCUUCUGACUGUUGUGGAAGUGCUGCUGAAUCAACCUGUCAAAGUGGCACUUGUUGCAUACAAAACGGUAGUCCAUGUACAAGUUCUUCAGAAUGUUGUAGCGGAGAUUGCGGCCCUGGAAGUUGUGUUUCGUGUUUCCAUGGUGAUGAAUAUGUCUUAAUGGCCGAUGGGAGAGAAAAACAAAUAAAGCACGUGCGAAUGGGUGAUCGAGUGAAGACAAUUGAUGGUGACAGUCAGUCAAAAUUUUAUAAAUUAGGCGAAGAUGAAGUGCUUGUGCGUCUUCACCAUGAACCAAAUAUGGCAGCUAACUUUUUGAUAAUUAUAACCGAGUCUGGACAUCGACUAACAUUGAGUCCUGAUCAUUUUGUUCGUAUAUUCAAUGGCAGUAAGAGCAAUAAUGAACCCUACAUCACAGCGGGUCAGCUCACCAAUGGUCAGCUUCUUGCAGUAGUUGUGAGCUUUCCAGGUCAUCAGAACUAUUCGAUGAUCUACUCGUCCAUCGUUUCAAUCACGCAAACCAAACUGGUUGGCGUUUACAAUGUCUUAACGUACAGUGGUGUCAUUAUUGUCAGUCGAGUGGUCGCUUCAUGUUUUACUGAUCGUCGUGGAACACAUGAGAAUGCGCAGAGACGUUACUUCAUUGUUCGUCUCAUUAAGCAUGUAGCAUCAAUAUUUCACUACAACAUUUAUACAGAUGAGUUUUACGGAGAACAUUAUGUGGUUACAAGUCGUCUAAUUGAUUUCAUACACAUAAUUAUAACUGCCAUUCUUCAUUGUACCUCGGUUAUUUACAAUACCGGUGUUCCAUUAAUGAUCGCCAUUGUAUUGGUUUGGCUGGCAAAUCAAAGAAUGUACCAAUUUAAUUUUGGAUUCCUUCGUCGGUGGCGGAAAUCCCGUGGUUGA